CCUUAUUUUUGGCUCAUGAUACAAAGGCAGAGUAGAGGAACUGACAAAUAAGGGUCAAAGGUCAAGUCUGAGCUCAAUAUUUUUCGCAUACAAAUAUUUCUUAAUUUUAGUAACUAGUUGUGAAAUUUUGGGAGCCCUACCUAAAACUGAAGGGUCUUUUGACUUUGUAGGGCAGUAUAAUUUUGUGAAAUACGGAAGUUGAUCAUUACACUCACUCCACCGUUAAAGGGGAAGUUCCGAUAUAAGAAAUUACACUUUAUGGUGAAGAAAACCUAACGUAGCCACCAGUCUUCCCCUUGUGUGCCUUUGAAAAAUGGAAAGAUGCAUCUGUUUUGUUUUACUGCUGAGUUUUGGUGCUUUAGGAUGUGAAUAUUACCGUGCUCUGACCAUCUCUGUAUCAAACCUGGAGGCUCUGAGUGGCACCUGUUUGCUGAUCCCGUGCACAUUCACAUCUCAACAUGAAUCUAAGUUAAACCUGACCAAACCUGUAGUAGCCAUUUGGAGUAGGAAAUAUCCCCACUUAGGUAGAGCAGCGGAUCCAGUAUUUUUUCACAGCGGUAGGCCCAGCCUCAGAUCUCCUAUGGAAAUUACUGGGGACCUGACACAGAAAAACUGCACCACUCUGUUCUCUGAUAUAUACACAAAUCAUUCUGGCCAGUAUUUCUUCAGAAUAGAAAGCCCCAAGUUUAAAGCAACAUCAAACUGUGAUCCACUUCAGAUAACGGUCCAAGAUUCUGCGUGGAUCCCGUCAGUGCAGGUGUCAGGGUCACAGAGGGAGCACGAGAAAGUGAAUAUAACCUGCUCUGCUCCCUCUCCCUGCCCUGAAGCUCCUCCUGAACUCACAUGGAGCCUCCAACCAGAGCCUCCACACAUGCUCCAAAACCCUGAUGGGAGCUUCAAAACCUCAGAACAACACAUGGUCCAAAACUCUGAUGGGACCUUCACCACUUCAGUACAACUCCAGAUGAGAUUAUCUGAUCAGCACCGUAGACUGAAGGUGCACUGUUCUGCUAUGUAUCCUGUGAAGGGAGGACAGAAGAGUGCAGACAAGACCAUCUAUCUGAGUGUGGAGUAUUCUCCUAAAAACACAUCCGUAGUGAACACUUUCCCCGUGUCUGUGGGAGGGUGUGUGAAUCUGAGUUGCUCCAGUAGAGCCUGGCCUCCAGUCCAAAGCUUCAGCUGGUUCAGGGUCACCUCACAGGGUCCACAAAGAGUUCAUGAAGGAAACGUCUACAGCCUCAUCUUCAACAGUGCAAACCAAGGAGAAUACUUCUGUCAAGCCAAGAAUCAAGUCGGGGAACAAAACUCUCCAACCAUCAACCUGCAGAGUGAAGAUGACCACUUUGGGAUUGGUCUUCACACCAUACUGAAGAUGAGUGGGAUUGUUGUGCUCUUCAGCGCUCUGAUCCUCAUUGAGUGCUUGGUUAAGGAAAAAGUGACUGAAGAUCUACAGAGGGCAGAGGAGACAAACCAAGUCAGUCAUGUGGAGAAACGCCAAACCUAAAAGCACAUAGAAGUCAAUCCCAUGUAACUGUGUAUCCAAUAUCACAACAUCCACUUCCCGGCUUCCUAGACCCACCUUCUCAACAACAAAAAAAUCCAAAAAGAACAGGGGAAAAAGAGAAACCUUGAGGAGAACCAUAAUAGACAAAGACAUGUGGGGGUGUGGCAAGUCUGUAAAGAUAAGGUAAAUCUAGGGUCACAUGCCAUAGGCUAGAUAUUGUAUAGACUAGAAAUCUGUGUAUCAUUAGUUCAUUCGUUUUUCAAUCUAAAACCAAAAAUAAGACUAAAACUAAUUUCUUCCUUAUUUGUCUCGAAAACCAAAAUGAAAAAAAUGGUAGUGAUUUAUUUUUUCGGUUUUUGAUUUUGUGUUUAAAUUAAUCAUGGAAAGAAAGGAUAACGGCUGUUUCCCGUUUCCGUGAGUUAAACUGAGAUGCCGGACCUUUGCGCCACAUACGGACUGAACCAGGUCUAAACCAGGUCUACACCAGGACUGAACCAGAAUUGAACCAGGACUAAACCAAGUCUAAACCAAGACUAAACCAGUACUAAACUGGUCUCAGUCCUGGUCUGGUCCAGGUCUCGGUCCUGGUCUCAGGCCCAGUCUUAGUCCUGUUCUGGUCCCGGUCUCAGUCUCGGUCUCAGUCCUGGACCUGGUCCCAGUCUGGUCCAGGUCUCAGUCCUAGUCUCAGUCCCUUUCUGGUUCCAGUCUGGCCCCAGUCUCAGGCUGAUCCCCUGACAGUCUACGCACGCGCACCUCUGGGCCUGUCCCGACACUCAGUCCUGGUACAGUUCUGGUUUAGUCCUGAUUUAGUCCUGGUUUAGUCCUGGGAUCAGUCGUGGUUCAGUCCUUGUUCAGUUCGUAUGUGGCACGAAUGUCUGGCAUCGCAGUUUAAGUCACGUAA